AGGCUGGAACUCAACACAGAAGUCGAGAGGGGCAGAAACAUGAUGUUAAAGACCAGAAUGGAAUAGCCCUCAGGGCAGCAGCCCCUCCCAGGGUUUGGGAGAGCCAGGCUGAAGGCCCUGGCCAUGGAGAGCUUCACUGAGUCUCUCAGUAGGCUGAAGGACAUCCAUGAGAAGGAAGUCCUAGGACUGCAGACAAAGCUGACAGAGCUGAACACAGAGAAGUGUCGCGACUCACAGAGGAUUGAAGAACUUUUUGCCAAAAACCACCAGCUAAGGGAACAGCAGAAAUCCCUUAAGGAGAAUGUAAAAGUACUAGAAAAUAGGUUGAGAGCGGGCCUCUGCGACCGGUGUAUGGUCACCCAGGAACUUGCCAAGAAAAAGCAGCAUGAGUAUGAGAACUCCCACUUCCAAAGUCUCCAGCACAUCUUCAUCCUUACCAAUGAAAUGAACGGCCUGAAAGAAGAAAACAAAAACUUGAAGGAGGAACUGAAGAGGUUGCGGAACCUGGAGGAAAGGGCCAAGCACCACAGGACCUUAUCCAGAGAAAGCAGCUCCACCCCUGAUUCGCCCUUGUCCUUACUGUCCCCCAUCAACAGGAAAGCCAGUACUGAAAAACCUGUAAGCAGAGAAGCUGAAGAGGAAUAUCUUCCCCGUGCACAGUUGGGAGAAGAAAAGUCAACAGGAUUUAGAACUUCUCCAGUCACUAAAAUUUCCGCUGGAACACCUCUCCCCGAGAUGAGAAUUCUGGAAAUGAACCCCCAGAGGAUAGCCAACCAGUUACACGGGACCAUCGCUGUGGUGAGGCCAGGCUCUCGCUCCUGCCUCUCAGACAGGAGCUCUUCAGAGACAACCACUCCACCGCCCACUAGGAGAAGUCCACCAUCACCACUGGGUGAACGCAGCCUCGCCCUUGAUAGCGGUUACUUGAGAGCCAGUAAACCAGAGUCUCACGAAGUGACUUCGUCUUAUGAGACCCUGAAGCUGACCGCCCGGAGUGAACAGCUCUGCCUCCUCAACCAGCACCUCUCUUUGCAUCGAUUCGGGCUACGGAGUCACUGCCCUUCUUCAGGAAGAGAAAAUAAUUUCUCAACCCAAAUGUUCCAGGCCAAAGAUGUGGAGACGAGAACCCGGAUGCAGGACUGGGAAGAUCAGCCGGCCAUUCUAGAUCUUCCUGGAGCUAUUGUUUACAUGAGGGACCAGCGACUGGAGGGAACACUCCAAUUUCUUGAGCAGAGAGAGAGGCUCCAAUUUCUCCUGGCACAGCAGCAGGAGCGAGAACUACGAAUCCGAACAGAGAGCUCUAGAAACCAAAUUCCAGUUCCCACAGCUCCAGAAGAAAAGCUCCUUUUGCCCCUCCAACUUUCAGACUCAAGGGGCAGAGAAGGCCAUAAGGAGGAAAAUAUGUCAGUGGGACUCCUCAAAGAAACAGACAGAAAUGUGCUUUUGGAGGACACAGACGCGUCUGACCAAGGGGAAACAAAUGAGGCAACUAGAGAGUAUAUGACGGACAAACCUCUAGACCUAUCAGAUUAUGGGAGAGGUCGGGAGGCACCCAAAUUAACCAGUUGGCUCAAAUCCCCCAGACUGGCAGAAGGUCAGUGGCUAAGUCCAAAGUUGGAUGAAAAGGUUUCUCAUCAGAACGUCAAGAUUUUGAAUCCCCAGCCUCCAGAGAGUGAACAUUCUUCAUCCACCCUCGGCAGGCUCCAAGAUCCCAACCAAGGAGAUCCUAAGAGAAGUGAAGAAGGGGCUGCAGACCAAGAAGGAGAAGGAUAUGUGGCUUCCUAUGAUCAGACAGCUUCACCCCAAGAACAUCACCCUAAUAAACUAGCUUCAGGAGAGCCUGAAAAUGAACCAGGAAUAAGACUGAGAUUGUCUCUCCGAACUCAGAAACAAGAAACAGACGCUCAACCAGAGAAUGACGAUGCUGACUCUGUGAAAAGGGAGUCAGAUGAGCCUGACACUUCAGACAGUGAGGUGGCACCCAAUUACAACCCUGGAAUCCUUCAAGACAUACAGGUAGAAGAUCUCAAAUACUUUUGUGUGAAGGAUAAGAUUCAAGGUUUGCAAAAGAAAAGGAAAAGGGGGCAGGAUCCCUGGAUAAAAGCAUCUAAGAAGCCUUUGAGGGGAAAGAAGAAAAUCAAAGACACCCUGACCCAAGCUGAUGAACAGGGAAGUCCAAAGGAGCUGGAUAAUCCCAGUCUCUCUUCCAGCAGUGAAAUCUUUGAGGAGACAUAGCCCAAUAGGCCAGUGAAAGCAAGUUCCGAAGGCUCUUUUCCUUGGGAGUAAUAACCAUUUGCCAGCCAAGCAGCCGAGUCCAGUGGACCUGGCUCUGAAACAGCAAUGAUCCUGGACAAUACAAGUGUCGUCCUUUCCUCCCUUCACUCCCACACCUCAUUUACUGUCCCACAAAUUCCACAGAUCUACUAUCUUCUCACAUCUGGACAAAAGCAAAGCCCAUAAUGGUAGUGAUGAUAUCCUGUGCUGGUAUCUGAAACUGUGCACCAUUUUAAAGGAAAAAGACACUUGCAAUCAGUCAAAGGAAUACCAGGCCUUUACCUGGC